AUGGUCCGGGAUGACGCUCGCACUGUCAGUGGAAGCCCAGAUCCUAAAGCACCGCCUCCUGGGGCCAUGAAAACACGCGCGGGGCUGUACAAUAUACCUCUGAAGACAAAACACAGCAGGCUGAAGCACAGCGCAGUUCUCAGGAGAUAUAGAGUCCGUGGAUCUCUCGGGGACGCGUGCCGCCUUGGGUAUCCUCUCUGGGACCCUGAACCCGAGGAGCAGGGUACAGUAUGCAUCGGGGAUGUAGGCUACAUCAGCGAGGGUCGCUUCCGCCGCCUCUUCAACGCCACACGCCCAGCGAAUGACGCGCUCAACGCGCUCUUCGGUGUGCCCGACGGAUAUGAGCCAUUACAGAUCAAGGAGCCGCUCUUCGAGGACAAGGAACCACGCAUGCUUAGGGUAGGGAAGUCCCUGAACAGCAACAGCAUCACCUCGACCCAAGUGAGCGGGGGUGCCAGUGGCAAGGGCAUCGGGGGGAGUAUCCACUUCAAGUGCAGCGAAGACAGAGGGGCCAUCCUUGCGCUGCCCCGGCAGACCCUUCUCCAGCAGAAGCUCCGCAAGAACAAGACUUUGGCCGGCUGGAUGCUCAAAUAUCACAAGACUUGGUACCGAUGGGCUACCGAGACACAUGACCUUGACCUGAAGGAAGAAGAGAUCAUCUUCGUCACCGGCUGGGUGAAGACGGAGGAAUGGGCCGUGGGCGCUUUCGUCGACCGUGGGCAUGUCGCUCAUUUGGAGCUGAACAUCGGCGCUGGUCCGGUUGCAGGCGCGUCGUUCUCCGUGACAACGACGAGCUCAACGUCCAGGGCCUGGCACCAGCGCUCUGGGCCUUGUGCACGACAAGCCGACGGCCUCGGCGUGCAAGAUGCGCACGCUUCGGGAGAUCAACAUGAGCUACUUGGGGGGCAAUGGCAUGGAAGGGAUGGCGGUGCUUCUCAAAAAUCGCGAAAGGGACGGACAGAGAACCGCGGAAAACGCGGAAACAGGAACAAUGAGGCUGGACACGUCCACGAUCAGUGCGUUUUUCUGCACUACACCGGCUUUAAGGAGCGCACAGGUAUAUUGCCGCGAUUUCUGCCAAAGAGGCUCAAGGCUGCUGCCGACGGUGAAGACGCCUCGUUGACGUCGGAUGAUGACGAGGAUGACGACGAUGACGUUGGCAUGGCUGGCUACUCACUGGUCGAGGAUACGUCGUUGGAGGACGCCUAUGAGAUCGAGAAUAUGCCUCUUAUACCAGAACGUUACGAUCCUGUGAACUGCCUUAUGGAAUACAUACUCGACAUCGCGCUUGGGGAGGACCUCACAGACAUCCUCGACCGCAUCCGCCCGGCUGUGAUUGUUGACAGGAGUGGACUCGGAAUUCUCGAUAUUGUGAGCGUUCAGCAGGACCUGCCUCGUCAGGGCGAAAGGACUGGAGCCCGCGAGGAUACUCCUGACCCCACCGAUGGUCAAUCACUUCAUGAUCCCGGGGAGGUUCAUGCUUCCACGACAUCCUGCUCCGACAGGACCUUAGUCAAUGUUCAGCAUCCACGGUCAUAUCAGAGUAGUCGUCAAGAAUGGAGGACGCCCCACAUGUCAGAAUCAUGGACACAGACAUGGGAUCCACCUGACAAGCACAAUGUAAUCGCUGCCGUCGCUAAGGAUGACCUGGAUGCCGACUCCAUAAUAGUCGGUACUCCAAUGGCAGGACCAAGUGAUCAGUAA